AUGUUGACGACGUCUCCGCUACUACUAGGUGUUGGACCCCUCCUUGAAGUAGGCGGUGGCUUCUCCCGCGUAUCUGAGAUGAGAGAUACCAUUCAAGAACUCCAGGGAGAGUUGGGCUCAUCCCAGCGCGUGACUGAUCUCCUCCGCGACAAGCUUCACCACCUAUCUUCCCAGCUCGCGGAUGCGCAAGCACGGAUCAAAGAUUUCGAGGAUACGGAGCGCGGGACGCUAAGUGUUCUUCGUGAUCGCCUGGACGAUAAGCGGAGCUUGGAAGUUUUGUGCAGUGUCGGUGGGCAUCUCUAUCAACUGCCCUUGUUUGUAUGGACAUUUAUGUUUCCGUUUUCUCAAGGGAGCAAGGUAGAAGACCUGACGGACCGUCUGGCGAAGCACGAACGGGAAAGUAUCGACGCCCUUGCUGAAGCAGCUGGUGUAGAGGCAAAGCUCAUCGCUGUCACUCAUGAACUGCAGAACCUGAAAACUUCCUCAUCAGCAAAUCUCAUUGAGUUGCAGGAGCUGAGGGUCAUCAAGGAGGAGGGUCUUUCGAAGUUGCUUGCAUCUCAAGAAGUCAUCAACGCCAAGGAGAAGGAGAUUAUCGGUUUAAAGGCAGAGGUCAAGGCUCUCGGCGAGUCGAAGGCUGAGUUGAGAGCGUUGUUAGUUUCCUCUUUUUUCCGUGUUUGGUGGUCUAUCCUUCUGCUUCGGUCUGGUGAACAACGUCGUGUUGUGGUCUAA